GCUGGCGGUGCCUUGGAGGACAUCAACGGCGUGAUGGACUUCAAAGCCACCAGCGAGGAGCUGUUGGUGGCGGACUUUGGGCACGUGACGUUGCACAGCUUGGGCCGGAAGGUGGACAUUGAGCUCAGCGAGGUGGACUUGCGCAGCGCGGGCAAGGCCAUGACCCCCGCCUCGCUGCUGCAGGACGGCGAAGGCCGACCCACGCGCCUGGGGGUGACGGCACAGCUGCGGCAGCAGCCCUCGCACCUGGAGGCCACGCUGCGCCCAGCCUCGCUGCAACUGAGCUUCCAGCGGUGCGACCUCACGCGCCUUUUGGAUGUGCUGGCGCUGAACCUCGGUGGCACUAGCGAGCCAGCUGCGCCAAGCACCCGGCAGCCCUCGCAGGUGAGCUCCUUUCAUUCUGCGCGCGAGUCUGAAAGCACUACCACACAUCCCAGGACGAUGAGCUUCGAAGUUCCCAGCCGUCGCAGCUCCGUGCUGGCGGCGCCAAGGGCGCGGACCUAUGCCUCGCGGGCCCGCAGUCAGGAGUUUGCGCCACCCGUGCUUCCUGGGACAGACCACGCUGAGCCGUUUACCUUUCAGC